AUGAGUGAUCUCACAAACUACAAGAGAUUAGAAAAGAUCGGAGAAGGUACGUACGGUGUUGUAUACAAGGCCGUUGAUCUACGUCAUGCUCAGCGGAUCGUAGCGCUCAAAAAGAUCAGGUUAGAAAGUGAAGAUGAAGGGGUCCCAAGCACAGCCAUUCGUGAGAUUUCACUGUUGAAGGAACUCAAAGAUGAUAAUAUCGUCCGGCUAUACGAUAUCGUCCAUUCGGACGCCCACAAGCUUUACCUUGUGUUCGAAUUCCUAGAUCUUGAUUUAAAACGUUAUAUGGAAUCCGUCCCAAAGGACCAGCCGCUAGGAGACAAAAUUAUCAAGAAGUUCAUGAUGCAGCUCUGCAAAGGUAUCGCAUAUUGCCAUGCACACCGCAUCAUCCACAGAGACCUAAAACCUCAGAACCUAUUGGUCAACAGAAACGGGAACUUAAAACUUGGAGAUUUCGGUCUAGCCCGUGCCUUCGGCGUCCCCCUACGCGCUUACACCCACGAAAUCGUCACCUUAUGGUACCGUGCCCCCGAAGUCCUACUCGGAGGUAAGCAAUACUCCACGGGUGUAGACGUCUGGUCGAUCGGUUGCAUCUUUGCUGAAAUGUGCAACCGCAAACCGCUAUUCAGCGGUGACAGCGAAAUUGAUCAAAUCUUCAAGAUCUUCCGCUUGCUGGGAACACCAAACGAAUCCAUCUGGCCCGAUAUUGUAUAUCUACCUGACUUCAAACCUACUUUCCCUAAAUGGCAACGCAAAGACCUGGCACAAGUCGUACCCUCGCUCAACGAGAACGGAAUUGAUCUAUUAGAUAAAUUAAUCACAUACGAUCCAAUCCACAGGAUCAGUGCUAAAAGGGCUGUUACCCACCCAUACUUUAAAGACGAGUGA